CCCAGUUCAGCAAGGCCCUCUCACUCUCAGCUAGGAAAGGGGGAAUUACCUUAAGUAUAGGGUAGGUGGCCUCAGAGGGGUGGGGAGGGGGGUGAUUGCUCUCAAUCACAAAGUUUGAUGAUGACCAUGACUACGAUGGCUGACGGCUUGGAAGCUCAGGACUCCUCCAAGUCUGCCUUUAUGGAGUUUGGUCAGCAGUCCCACUCCCAGCAGAGCUCCCCGGCCAUGGCAGCCAGUCACUACCCUCUGCACUGCCUGCACUCCGGCUCCCACCACCACCACCACCAUCACCACCAGCACGACAGCUCGUCCUACACCGGCAGCAACUCGUACAACCGCUCCCUGGCCGCCUACCCCUACGUGAGCCACUCUCAGCACAGCCCCUACCUCCAGUCGUACAACAGCAGUAGCAGCAGCAGCACCACCGCCACCACACAGCCCCGAGCCGAGGACCCAGAUCAACAGAAGACAACGGUGAUUGAAAAUGGUGAAAUACGAUUUAACGGGAAAGGGAAAAAGAUCCGCAAACCUCGGACAAUAUAUUCCAGUCUGCAACUCCAGGCUUUAAAUCAUCGUUUCCAACAAACUCAGUAUCUGGCACUUCCAGAAAGAGCAGAACUGGCUGCAUCAUUAGGGCUAACGCAGACACAGGUGAAGAUUUGGUUCCAGAACAAACGCUCUAAAUACAAGAAGUUGUUGAAACAAGGCGGUAAUCCACAUGAAAGCGACCCAUUGCCAGGCACAGCUGCCCUCUCUCCUCGUUCCCCAGCAAUCCCUCCUGUUUGGGACGUUUCAGCCUCUGCCAAGGGUGUUAAUAUGGCUCCUAACAGCUAUAUGCCUGGUUAUUCUCAUUGGUACUCAUCCCCACACCAGGACACAAUGCAGAGAUCACAAAUGAUGUGAAAUUACAGAUCCAUGUUGUGGAAGACUGUAGUGGAUAAAAACAAUUGCCUGCUUGCUACUAAUGCCAAGUGGCACAAUCUGGGUGAACUCAGAAUAGUGGCCCAGAGGCCACACCUUGAUAAACCUCAGUCAUUUCACUUGAAUGCUCAGACCCACGUUGUGGGGCACAUAAUACACCUCUUUUGGAUAAAGUCUCCUGGACAUAAAUGCAAAAUUCCUUGAGGGUUAAUGACAAGAAGCACAAUGCAAAGUCCCCAUGCAGAAAAGCCUAAUGCAAAACAAACACGUGUCUUGAUUAAUAAUUGAAUGACAGAAAAGCAUGGGUAUAAGUGACUAGCAUGACUUAUGCCAGAAGAGCAUGUAGGGAUCAAUGUUCUCCUCGAAGGAAUGGGGUGCAUGUUUUAUCAAAGUGGAUGUUAUGAAGAAACCACUUUUUUUCCUAUAUAGGCUGUGAAUGAUGCAGGUUAGGAAUGGCAAAGGGACACCUGAUAAACUGUUUAAACUUAGUUGCCCGAUUGCAUUCAAAUGAAAUUGUAUGUAUAUAUUGUUGAAUUUUAGUUGUAUAUACUUUGUAUGUUAUUGUCUUUCAUAAAUGGAAAAACAACCGUUCCUCAAAACGUGUGAGUGUGGUACAUACCAACAUUUGGGAUGCUACAAUAUUUUGCAAAAAGUGAAUAUGAAAAAAAAAGAGGAAGCUAUAAAAAGGUGCAAAAGCUAACUUAACAGAGUGAGCAAUUUUAUAUAUACUUAAUAUGAAAUAAAAAGUUUUUUUUUCCCCUUCAAAAUAAACUAAAUUUAUGUGCUUAUGCGACUUUAA